CCCGCAAGACAAACACGCGCGGAGGCAGGAGAGUUUUCCCGAAUGGGCCCCGCCCCACGCCCUGGCCCCGCCCCAGUCGCCUCGUUGCCCCGCCCCUGCGGCUCUGGCCCCGCCCCCGAGGCGCCCCCACUGGCCAGCCGCAGCCUCUCCACUGGUCGGCUCCUUGCCCGUGGCCCCGCCCUCUCGCCCCAGGCCCGCCCCCUGUGGCUCAGGCCCCGCCCCGAGGCUCCCUAUUGGCCCGCGCGGGCUGGCCCUGCAGGGCGCCCCGCCCCCGCCGCGGCGAUGGCCGAGCUGCGGACGCGCGGGGGGGAGGCAAGAGCCGGCGGCGAGCCGGGCGCGGGGCCAUGCGCGGCCGCCUGUGGCUGGGCCUGGCGUGGCUGCUGCUAGCACGAGCGCCCGGCGCCGCGGGGACCCCGAGCAGUCCGCGGAGACCGCGCAGCUACCCACACCUGGAGGGCGACGUGCGCUGGCGGCGCCUUCUGUCCUCCACCCACUUCUUCCUGCGCGUGGACCCCGGCGGCCGCGUGCAGGGGACCCGCUGGCGCCACGGCGCCGACAGCAUCAUUGAGAUCCGCUCCAUCCACGUGGGCGUCGUGGCCCUCAAGGCUGUGCACACGGGCUUCUACGUGGCCAUGAACCGCGGGGGCCACCUCUACGGGUCGGUUCCAGGAGCGCAUCGAGGAGAACGGCUACAACACCUACGCCUCCCUCCGCUGGCGUCACCGUGGUCGGCCCAUGUUCCUGGCGCUGGAUGGGCAGGGGGCCCCGCGGCGUGGGGGCCGGACACAGCGGCACCACCUGUCCACCCACUUCCUGCCUGUCCUGGUCUCCUGAAGUCCCCAGGUCCGCAGCAUGCCUGAGCUGCAUGUCCAGGGGCCGGGGGCCGGCGAGCUCAGGCCGUGGCCAAGCACGUCUGGUCACUCGUCUUUUCCCCAAGGAUUCAUGGAGUGUCUGCUGUGUGGCGGGCUGGGGGUACUGCGGGACCCCCACAGAUGCGGCCUGACCCCCAGGGAGCUCCUGAGUCGGAGGAGAGGUGGACACUGAGUUGAGCAGAGGCCACAGGUGUCCAGUCACAAGCGGGGGGUGGGGCACGGAGGCCCCAGAAAGGCCCCACCCCGGGAAUGGAGCCUGAAGGACAGGGCCAUGUAGUCACCAAAGGGCUGAGACGUGGCCUAGGCAAAGCUGAGGUGGGAGCCCAUUGGGGUGUUUGAGGCAGGGAGGAGGUGGGAGAGGCUGGGGCAGAGUGAGGUCUGAGGGCUGGGGGAGAGAGGGCGACAUGGACAUGCCACGGGGUGACCGGUCCCCGUCCUGGUCCCAGGACCUGGGACGUGUCCCCUCCCGCGGCAGAGGGGACCUUGUCAGGGCCCCCGAGGAGGGGGUGACCCUGGGUUCCCGGGGGGCCCGGUGUCCUCAGGAGGUCCUCACAAGGGGGAGGCAGAGGGUGGGAGUCCCAGAGAUGGGCGGACCCCGCGCUGCUGGCGGUGAGGAUGGAGGGGGGGCCGCGGGCCAGGAAGAGGCCGGAACCGGGUCUCCCGGGGGCCGCGGGGGGAGGAGGGGACACCAGCCCUCCAUUCUGUAUUUCUGAGCCCAGAAUUGUCAGAGAAUCGGUGCAUGGUCACAGCGGCCAUAGAGCAAACACACGGGCGCAUGCAGUCUGGAGGUGCUUGCACUGCAACCGCGGUCAGAGCUCCAGAGCUCCCGCGCUCCCGCGCUCCCGUGGGGCGGGCAGGGCUGGGAGUGGGAGUGGGUGCCGUGUGCAGGCCAUGGGGGCCCCGUGCCAGCAUCCUCCAGGGGCUCGGUGGGACCUGGGGCAGCCGCGGCUGCCGCCCUCCCAGCACCCCUGAGCCCUCACCGCCAGGCUGAGCCCCAGCCGAAGGAAAAGGGGUGCAGAGCCCAGGUUCAAACCCCAGCCAAGCUGGGCCCGGCAGUUCCGCUCGGGUGUCCUACCCCGGGCGAGGUGGGACAUUCCGCGUGGGGAGGGCGACAGUCCCUGGGGCGGGGCGCAGGCUCCCACCCCUCCCCGCAGCCCCCUCCCACUACAAUACAGAGGAUGAAGGCAGGGAGCGGGCAGAUGGAGGGCGCUCACGGCGGUCGGUGGAGGCUGCUGGUCCCCGUAGCCACGCAAACAUGCGCAGUCAGCGGCCCCGCGGGCAGGGCUCCCGCGGACGGGGCUUUUCCGGCGGUCGCGGCCUUCACGCUCAGGGAAGCUCUGGC